CGGAUCAUUUGGUGGGUUUAUUGUCCAUCAGAUAGAAACGGCUCGGCCAACCAAGCCCCUGAUCAUCUGUCAAGCUCAGACGUGGAGUUAGCAGAACAGUUUGGCAAUUGUGAAGUGAACAAAUCCUUUCCCUUUGAAGGGAUUAAUGUUGUCCAAGACAAGGAGCCAUGAUGCCUCACCGACCCGAGUUCCCCACUGCUGCCAAGCCGAUGUCCAUUUGGUUGGUUCUAGACCCAUCGAGCGAUUCGGGACAUGGGGGCGCCACCGCUCACUGACAGAGUCUGUGUACCUUUCACUGGCAGUCCUUGGCGACUAUGGGUAUGCAGAAGACAUGGAGCAGUUACUCCAUGGGACGAGGUGGGAGCGUCUCAUCAUGAUGCGAUCCGAGUCUAGUCUGCCUUUGACUAUCGAGUUCUUGUUCUCCUUGGAGGUGGAGCCAUCAUUUGGGUCGCGGACGCUGAACUUUCGUUGCAUCGACUCUCACACUACACUAGCCUUCACUCUCUUAGGGCAUGUGUAUUGUCUAAGAGUCGGGGAUCUCACUAGGCAUUUGGGUCUUUACACUUGGGAGGAGACGAUGGAGCAGGAGCUCCAUGAAAAACCAUUACUUUUUCCCAAUGAUGUGGACCGGGUUGCUUUUUGGGCGGAGCACUCUACUGACCCGGAUCGCUUUGAUGUUGUGAGCCAGGCAAGGUUCUGGAUCCAGCUGACUUGGCGGAUCUUAUCUUUUGUGUUAUCCACGUCCUUCUUCGGAAGGCCAUUAAGCACAAAUCGGGUGUAUGCCGAUGACCUCAUAGUCUUCUGGAGCUUGCACAAAAGUCAGCUGGUGAACGUGGCCGUCUUUCUACUUCGAUUUCUUUACAGCCAGUCGUUGGGGAACCGGACGCACAUCGUUUUCGGCUUUGUUGUUACACUACUCUUCCGGUCUCUUGUGAGUGCCCCUCUGUUCUGUAAUCCCAGAUGUCGAUUUAAAAACCGCCGCUGGACGCCAUCUCUUCCUUUCGCCUUCUUCACUACCGUCCGUCUGCAACUCCGCUGCUCACCCGACUCGUUCUUCUUCCUAUCUAGGUCAUUUCCUUCUCUCGCCGCCAUGAUUGUCUCAGAUUCCGAUUCAGCUACCCCAUCGUCCAAUUCUCGCCAAGCCGGUCAGUUGGAGGUGGAGAGGAGCGAUCGGGUCCGCCAUGCAGAGGGAGCGGUAGAAUCCUUCAAGUCCUCUCCUGACUUCACGGUAGUCGCGAUGGAGCGGAUGGAAGAGCUAACGACCGCUUGGCUCAAAACUGAACUUGGGGCUCAAUGGAUGGUCAAGGAGGGAACCAAGUCCUUCAAUUGCGGACUCUUCCAUGCCCAACAGGUCUUCCAUGACAGGCUGGCCCAGCUCCCUAAAGGAUUCUCUCUCCCCGACCUUGGCUUCCCUCCUCCCUGCCGCUCCUUGGCCGAGUUCAACCCCAGUCCCUAUCCGGACGGGGGGAGCUCGAGUGCGUCGGAAGAAGAGGAAGAAGAAGAAGUGGAAGGUGGUCAGAGCGACCAGAAUCUAGGGGCCAGCUUAGCCAUGUCCAAAGCGGGUGGACCUUCCGGCUCGGCCGUCUAAAUCCCCCAUUGUUCCCCCAUAGCUUUACCAACACUUGUCUCUCUCUUUUCCUUCGGAAUGAUUUGUCGUUUUGAUACAAUGCUCCUGUGUUGUU